AUGGUAACGAUUGCCGCGCGGUUCCUGAGCCUCACGAGCCACAAGCAGGCGGGCCAAUCAGCGGACAUGCGCCACAUCUCCGACACCGAGUUCUUUUCUUGCCGUGAUAUGGGAUUUUCUCUGCAACGAGCGGCGGCUUCAAACCCUCGCUGUUCGUCCCCACGUGCCGGAGUCCAUCUUGAUAUCGCCUCUUGUGGACGCUCGCGCGGUUAUUGGCGCGGUCCAUUCGAACCUUCCCCCAGUUUGCUCUACACCUGCGCCCUCGCUCUGUACAUACCAACUACGACCACUGAUGGAUCGUUCACUGCUUUGGUCGCCCGCAGACUUUCAGCCAGCCAUAACCAUCUGACGGGCGAGGUCAACGGUGGAGUGACACGGGAAUUUGAUCUCAUCUCAUCCUGA